AAUGGGACGUGGUCGCGGGAGUCGUGAGGGCCGAGUGCUGGGCUUGGCGGAGUGAGGCGGAGCACCGCUCGCUGGUGGCAUGCGGAAGCUGGAGCCAUCCGCCCACUGAGGGCGCCGUUUGAUAUAAGACGCGCCCUUUCACUGGAUGGGCUGCUCGACAACUCGCUCCAGCCCACACAACAAAGCCCCAGAACAUCUCUUCUGCACUCCGCAUCCAUGAUCUCAACUAUGCAACCCACCAUGCCAUCAACGCUGCGCUCUCGCGCAUCGUCGGGGAGCAAGUCGCCACUUUCCCUCAACCUUUCAGACCUGCCACCGCUGGUCGAGCCCUCGCCGCCAUCCAACACACUCAUCAUCACCAACCUGCUGUCGCCGGAAAUCUUCCACCUAUCCACCCUCACCGAGAUCCGCGAAACCAUCAACCAACAUGCCAAGGUCCACACCUGGGCACCGCUCAAGUCCUUCCGUCGCAUAGUAGUAUCCUUCUUCGACACGGAAUCUGCGAUACAAGUACGCCAGGCUCUUGACGGCGAGCAGCUCAUGGGCUUCCGCAUCCGCGUCUACUUUGGUGUCAACACACCCAUGAACCCGACGGAUCAACACCUCGCACUUCCCAAGUCGGACCGACUAUUCUUCAUCUCACCACCGCCAUCGCCACCUAUGGGCUGGGAAUCCAAGGAGGAAGAUGCGCCCAACACGAUUGUGCACCCCGAGGACCUCGCAGCAGCGCUCGCAAAGCUGCAUGCAAACCCCGAGGCGUCGUCACCUACCAGCGAACACGGACCCAGCCCCAUCACCAGGAGGCGGACGGGCAGCACGACUGUAGUCUACCACCCAGAAGACCAUGGCGACUCGCCCAACCUUCCAGCUAUUUCCGUCGAGGACACAACUGGCACACCUGAGCCCACGACACCUCUUGACACAAUGGAAGGCAUCGAGGGACCCAUUGCUUCGCAAAAGGCACAAGGCAUAACCAUCAGCACUGCAAGGCCACCUGUCGAGCUUAUGCAUUAAGACGUUCUGCCGCUUUAUACCCCUCACUCUUUAUUUCUGUUGUUCUGUUACAAAAAGCACUGCAUGUGUACAUGGUUGUUUAAGCAAGGCACGGCUUCGGCGUUUGUGGUUUAUAGGACUGGGCAAUACUCGGGUUUGAAGUGUUCAAUGUAUGGCAUUUGGAAUGGAAACGAACUGCGGCUGCGCGUUAGAUAGCGUAGCACUCGGGAUCUGCAUGAGCUACAGUCCCUCUGAAAUGAGAUGAAUACGUUU